AAUGGUGUAACUUUUGAUGAUGCAUAAACGCCAGAUAAACUACAUUUAUUUAGUUCCUUAAAAAGGAACCUUUAUCGAAAGUGACAGGGCACAGUCUGUACUGUCACAUAAUUACAGCCAAAAGAUAAGGCUGUAGCAUUUCAUGUUGUACCCGGGGUUUGGGUUUGUGGCCCCGCGGCCGGCUGGUUAACCCCCACUCGAUGACCUGAGACACCGAAACCGGCAGGCAGGUCUAGACCGAUAGUCUGUGGCCGUUGGGGAGAGCCAACAUCCAUCCUCUGAAGCAGGCGGACUCCUCCCUGGGCCAGAAGCCAUGAGGCACUGAGGUGAAAGGAGGUCUGUUGAGAUUAAGCCAAAGAAGAGUGGCAAAUCCCAAAUAAGGUAAUGUGCGUCGUGCAGGCGAGCGGGAGGCCAGGGAGGGAGGGAUGAUUCAUAUUAACAAAGGGAGAAGCAGCAGAGUAGGGGCGAGCUGGGGUAGCGGCCGGACGGCAACAGCAACGGCACCAGCUUUAAACGGGGGAUCCGGCGAAGACCCGAAGCCAUCCUCACAGUGCCGGGGUAAAUAAUCUCAGGUCCUGUUAUCGAUGGGGAACGGGAGGCAGCAAGAGAAAAGCCGACUGGAGAGAUUCCAGGUGAGGAAUUUCCUCGAAGCGCCUGGAUUUGCGCUGGCAGCAGACCAGGGAGGAACGGCUGCAGGAGACGGGAGUGUGAGAGGAACGGAGAUCUCAACCCAGCCACAAGGAGCCUAUAAUAAGGAAAUAAGGAGCUGAAGAUCGGCAGGAGGGCAGCCUGACCCUCUCCACCUCUCCAUUCUGAGGAUCUGCAGGCUCUGAUUGUUUUGUGGUCAAGAAGACCUGGUUUUCCAGAAAGAAGUUUUGAAGCAUCCAGCCCACGACACUGUGCAGCUCUCCAAAAGACCCUGCUCACCAGACGGAAAGCCCAUGGGAGGGGUCCGAGGACUCUGACCCUCCGCUCGGCCCACCGGGACCGCAGCCAUGUCUGCCUGCAACACCUUCACUGAGCACGUGUGGAAACCGGGCGAGUGCAAGAACUGCUUCAAACCCAAGAGCCUACACCGCCUGGCCGAGGCAGGCCUGAAAAACAGGCCUCAGGAGCGGCCCGUGCAGCUGCAGAGUCACACGCCUGCAGCGGGGAGGCCUAACGCCAACGUUGCCAGCCCCUACGUGCGCAGUGGCGGCUCAGGCCAUCCUGGACACUUCCGGCCUCCGGUGGCCAAGAAGCCCACCAUUGCCGUGAAGCCUACUAUGAUGCUGUCCUGCUCCUCGGCCGGAUUGGACUCCGAAGGAAACCGGGUGACACCGGAUGCCGUGGAAGCUGGAAAAAUACCAGACUUUGCAGCUUGGAAUCGCAAUGGGACGAAUUGGAAGAGGCCGAGCGGAGUGAACAAUAAUGAAGGGGAGGAUGGAGGGGAGGAGUUUGAAGGCUACGGGCCACGUAGUUGUCGGGUACCCGCCAGUGGCAAUAACAAUGGCUUGACUGAGGUGCUAAAGGAGAUUGCCGGUCUGGGAACUGAUCUGGACUCUAGCUCUGGGUCCAGCUCCAGGGAUCUCUUUCUGGGACGCAUCAGCACCUCAUACAAACGCUCACUGGAGCGAGGCCUGCCAGCCUCCAGCUGCCUAGCUAUGGGAAGCAGCCGCGGGGGGGCAAGCCACAAGCACGUCUCCCUGAGCGACAGCACCGAGGUGAUCAGCACCGAGGGGGGUCGCUUCUGCUACCCAGAAUUUUCCAGCGAAGGGGAGGAAGAAGAGGAAGAAAGCGAGGGUGACGAUGGGGGUGAGCACGAAAGCUGGGAUGAGAGCGAUGAGGAGCUGCUAGCUAUGGAGAUCCGCAUGAGAGGACAGCCUCGUUUUGCUAAUUUCCGUGCCGCUACCCUAUCCCCAGUGCCCUUUGCUGCAGGCAAGAAGUGGAACACUGUACCUCUCCGGAAUCGCUCACUCCAACGGAUCUGUGCUGUUGACUAUGAUGACAGUUACGACGAGAUACUCAAUGGCUAUCCCUCAGUGGACUCCAAUGGUGGGUUCGUCCCCUUUGGCCAGCAUGACCUGCAAGGUAGUAGCUUCUUCUCCAAUUCUGAAUCAACCACUUCUCCUGAAUCAUCAUCUUCUGCACCAGAGGACUCACGGACAACCACCUCCAGCAGUACUAGCAGCGCUCCUAGUCACUUACCUAAUGGUCUGCACUCCCCAAUAGAAAGUCGAAACCCAGUCCCAGACAGUGCAGCAGAGAAGGAGUCAGCUCAGCAAGGGUUGCGGUCACCAAAGGUCUCAGAGACCCACAAAGCUGUCCUGGCCAUCAGGCUUGAGGAACAAGAUGGGAACCAGAAAGAAGGUGGACCCCUACCUCAGGCACUUCCUGGCCAACCAGUCACCAUUAGCUUCAGCCCUACAGAUGAGCAAGCUAAACCAUACCGCGUAGUCAGCCUAGAGAAGGCUCCUAUCUGUAAGCCCUACACUGUGGUGGAUGUGUCUGCAUCCAUGGGUCACACUGAGAAACACCCAACAGACAACACCUCCAAACCAAAGGGUUCAUCAAUUUCCUCCACUUCUUCUCCCAGUUCCCCCUUGGGGAUGCCACUAUCUCCAACAUCCCCAGUCUCCCCAACAUCAUUGACACCUUCUGCACUGCUAAACGUAUCACGCAAGAAACCGGGCAACAUCCGUUACCAGGAGGUCUGGACUUCCAGCACUAGUCCUCGUCAGAAAGUCCCCAAGGUUGAACUGGUGGGUGGGGCUACCUCUGGUCCAGUCGUACCUCCAAGGCACUGCAGCCACAAGUCAGCACCAACCUCCCCCACAGCUGGUCUCUCCUCAUCCUCCCGUACUGUCCCCGUUAAGUCACCGAACUUGUCUGAAAUCAAGUUCAACAGUUACAACAAUGCUGGAAUGCCUCCAUUCCCUAUCAUCAUCCGUGAUGAACCGACCUACGCCCGCGGCUCUAAGAAUGCUGUCAAAGUGCCCAUUGUCAUCAAUCCUAGUGCUUAUGACAAUCUUGCGGUUUAUAAGAGCUUCCUGGGGGUGAGUGGAGAGAUACCCCCAACUAAGACAGCAGGAAGUGGAAGAGUGACUAGUCACACAUACGAGGAGAUAGGCUCUGCUGAGAGCACACCAUCCUCUCCGAUAGAAACAUGUGCUAACGGGAACCUGAUAUCAGAGAAAGUCACUGCUGAUGAGAAGAAAGUCGGCUCCGUAGCACAGAAAAUCCAAGAGCUCAACUCGGGAUCCAUUACAGUUUCUAGUAUGACUCCCAGCUCAGCUGCAAUGAACAGUCUCUUGCUUACAUCUCCUCAGAUGGGAAGCCUAGCCAAAGGGACUUCCUCAGCUGUCUCCCAGGGGUGCUUUGGCAAAGUCAGCAGGGAGACGACCCCUGAUAAAGGGGGCACCAGUGAGUACCAGCCAUCAACAGGCACUGGCUCUAGCCACAGGGAGAAGGCCAGCACUGUCCUUUCUCAGAUUGUAGCCUCCAUACAGCCGCCACAAUCUCCGCCAGAAUCGCCGAUGGCACAGAGCAAGACUUGCAGUGUCGAGGAGCUUUAUGCAGUACCACCUGAUGCCACUAAGGAUACCCUCAGCAGGCCCAAGUCUCUUUUCUCCACCACAGAUGGAUGCCUUUCCAAGCCUAGGAAAGAUGGCACUUCCAAACAGCUACCAAAAUCUCAGAGUUCCUCUGCAGCCAUUCCUCCAACCAGCCCCAGGUCUGAACCGAACGCUCCCUUCCCCCCUCCCAGGUCCACCUCCUCACCAUACCAUGCUGCCAACCUACUUCAGAGGCACUUUGGUAACUGGUCCAAACCAGCGGCAGGGACCUCCCGCCCCAGUGAGGGUGAGACCAGCCCCGGCGGAGGUGAGGGGAAACGAGCAGGGGCCGAGAGCACUAAGCCAAAGCGCUGGAUCUCUUUCAAGAGCUUCUUCCGCCGGCGGAAGGAUGAGGACGAGCAGCGGGAGCGCAGCGAACGGGAAAAGGAGAAGGGAAAGCUCCUGGGCCUAGAUGGGACUGUGAUCCACAUGCUGCCCCCACCUCCCAUCCAGCGCCACCACUGGUUUACAGAAGCCAAGGCAGACGACCCCAGUCAGAAGCCGACCAUCAUUUUCACAUACAAGCCUGAAGUUGAAGCAAGUGUGGAUGGGGAAGAGGGCCAACAGCUGCAUGCGGAGGAGCCUAGAGAAACUUUGCAGCCCACCUACGAGCAAACAGGGAAGCAGCAGAAGUCUGGGACUUCUUCGGCCACCAGGAACGUCAGCACGGCGACGGCACAGGGCACAGAAGGCCACGCCCCUACUUCCCUGUCGGCCAUGUUGGAGAUGUCCUGCCACACGGAGCCCAGCGGAGCGGCCGUCAUGCAGCUGUUGGGCGAGGGAGCCGCCGGCCCAGGCGAGCCAGAUGACAACAACGUCCAUUUCCCCUCGCGCUCCCACUCGCCAGCCUCCAGCACCUGCAGCGCCACCUACAGCAACCUUGGUCAGUCCAGGGCGAACAUGAUCCCCCUGAAGCAGCCCAGAAACCCUAAGGCCUCGGAUGACACGCUGCCGACCGGGGACCCGGAGGGCUCUGAUGGCGGCCCCAAGGCCACGCCACCCCCCCUGCCUAAGAAGAACAUCGCUCGGGCCAACACAGAGCCCUCGGCACUGGGCAGGGAGCUCCUGGCUCCACGACCCAAAGGCGAGGCUAAGCCAGGCGGCUCCAACCUGAGCGUGGCCAACCCGCUGUACGACCUAGACUCCACGUGGGAGACGGCCAGCCAGGGCUCCUCCAUGGGCUCCGAGGCGCGCCCACCGGACCAGGAGUCCGGAGACUCCCUGGAAAGGCCGGCAGCCGGCAAGGGUCGACCGGCGACCAGCCUGUCCUGCAUGACGUCGCCUGCCACCGUCUCGGCGGGUCGCCAGCCCAAGCGGGGCUGCCGUAGCGUGGAGUCCCUGUCUGGGCGUGGUCGGGGCGGCACCCGGUCUCAGAGGGCGGGGCUCUACAAGGGCAUGGACAACUGGGAGGAAGUGCUGGGCCGUAUCCGCGGGCUGCACACAGAUACUCUGCGCAAGUUGGCCUGCCGUUGCGAGGACCGUUUCAUGGCAGGCCAGAAAGACCCCCUGCGCUUCGGCACUGACAGCUGGUCCGACUUCCGGCUCACCACAGGCCGACCCUGCUGCGAGGCGGGCGAUGCCGUCUACUACACGGCCUCCUAUGCCAAGGACCCGCUGGUCAACUACGCCGUCAAGAUCUGCAGGAGCCAAGUGAAGGAGACGCAGCAGCAGCUGUUCCACAGCCUGGCCGUGCGGCAGAGCCUGGCGCCGCACUUCAACAUACAGCAGGACUGCGGCCACUUCCUGGCCGAUGUGCCCCUACGCCUUCUGCCCUGGGAGGAGGAUGACCAGGAGGAGGAAGAGGAGGAGGAAGAGGAGAGGAAGGCCUGUGAGAGCAAUGAGAGGGCCGCCAAGCGGAGGGACGCGGCGCACGGGGCCUCGUCACCAGGGCAGCCAAAACACAGCGUCUCUGCAGGCCGGCUGCGCAGUCGCGUGGUGGUCAUCACCCGCGAGGUGCCUUUCCAGACAGUGGCUGACUUCGUGCAGCAGGGGGCAGAGCGGCACACCCACAGCCCAGACCUGUACGAGCGGCAGGUCUGCCUGCUCCUACUGCAGCUAUGUCAGGGCCUGGAGCACAUGAAGCCGUACCACGUCACUCACUGCGACCUGCGGCUGGAGAACCUGCUGCUGAUCCACUGCCAGCCAGGGAACCCUUGGAACCUGGACGUGCCCGAGCCCAAUAACAACAACGACGGCUCCGGUUCCAGUUCCGGCUGCCCGGCCCGGCUCAUCAUCAGCAACUUCUCUCAAGCCAAGCAGAAGAGCCCGCUGGCCGAGCCAGGCACGCUGCGUGAGCAGGCCCGCUUGGCGCCCGAGAUCGUCACGGCGACACAGUACCGCAAGUGCGACGAGUUCCAGACGGGCAUCCUCAUCUACGAGAUGCUGCACCGGCCCAACCCAUUCGAGGAGACGCCGGAGCUGAAGGAGACGGAGUACACGUGCGCGGACCUUCCAGCGCUGCCCGUGCGCUCGCUGUAUUCCCGCGGCCUGCAGCGCCUGGCCAGCCUCCUGCUCGACGCCAACCCGUCGGAGCGCAUCCAGAUCUCGGACGCUCGCGCCUGCCUGCAGUGCCUCUUGUGGGGGCCCCGCGAGGACCUGUUCCAGGCGCUGGCCGCCUGCCCUGGCCCGGUCCACCGGGACGCCGCACUGCAGAACUGGCUGGAUCUGAAGCGGACCCUCAUGAUGAUUAAGUUCGCCGAGCGCUCGCUGGACUCAGCCUGCGGUGUCAGCCUGGAGGACUGGCUGUGCUGUCAGUACCUGUCCUCUGCCAACACGGACUCGCUGGCCCGGGUGGUGCGCAUCUUGCAGCCCAUGCAACCGCAGCCACAGCAACUCUGAUCUCUGCCCGCUCGCACUCCUCCUCUACACUGAUACUUUUUCACCCAUCUGCACUCUCCCUCUACAGCAGCGGCCGUGUCUCAGGGUGCCAAGUCCUAAUCCCAGGUUUAGUCCUCAAAGGCCAAAGGGCCCUACAGUCUUUAGGAAAAGUGUUUUGCACCCAGCACUGUAUGUGAGGUGUCUAGGGUGUUUAUCGAUAUGCGUACCUGACCGUACUCCUGUUCUCAUGUACCCGUUUUAUGUCAUCUUCCUUUGCCGAAGACCAGUUCCAAUACUAAGAACAGGAGUAUGAAGGCCGGUAAAAAUUCCCGGAUGUCAUUCUUGCCUCGCCCCAAAUAUCCAUUGUGCAUCGAUUGCACCCUCGCCAAACGAGACCACUGCCAUGAUUGAUCGAGCUCCAAGUUUGUUCUUGGCAAGUUAGCUAGACCGGUGGUAUUGAGAAUCACCCUAGGUUUCCAAACACAUAGUUUGGUUUUGAGAUCCUACCUGCACCCUUUUUGCUAACCUGGGGCCAGGUGGGGAGACUCCCUCUUAAGCUGCUACUACAUGUCAGGGUUGGUGACCCUGGUCCUCAAGGCCCAUGUGUGAUCUGAUCCACACGGGUUAAGGGACUUGGCCGCUGUCCUUCCAGUUGCUUUAGUUCAGCGGCUGAUAGGUUCAGGCCGGACACACCUGAGCAUGCCCUAUGGCGCUAUGGAGGAGCAGAGCUGCCUUCCCUGACCUUCCACAAACACCAGGGCCUUUCUCCCAUCCUGCAGGAUCGAUUAGGCUCCCCUAUCCCACCCCAGUUUAAGUAAAAAUGCUGGUCAAGAAAUUAUGGAGUAGCCUCACCAAAAAUCCUCUUAAUUCCCACGAGCUAGAAGUUUUCGCACUGUACACAAGUGUUUUAUGUAAAAAUUUCAUUCUUGGUCUUUUUCUUUCCUCCAAUAACAGGUUUUGUUCAUGUUACUUUGCUCUCAUAUGGGUUUUGAGGCAUUAACCAAUCGCGUCCGCCGUGUCCAAAACCAGUCCGCCUCCUGUGUGGCGCCGAGCUGUCAUUGGAUCAUCGCGAAGAAGGGCGGCUCUUCAACCAGCCAGCCUGACAGCGAUUUUAUCCAAGGUCACUGUGAGCUCAUCAAACAGCAGGUGACAUGUAGCUGUGAAAGGGGAGAUAGAGCCGCCGGAAGCUUCUCUGGAAAGAUCUUUUUUUUCUUAUGGCAACACAGUGUAAACCUCUCCAUCACAGCUAGGGGGCAUAGUGGUUAAACCGAGGGGGGCGGUAUUAGUAUAAUGCCAAGCUAAUGAAUUGGUCCUGAGCAGGCUGACAAACAUUAUUCGUCAGUCACUCUGACGAAGGCUGACUCAUUUUGGAGGGAAUCCCGGCACCUUAAGCGCUUAAUGGUCUGGUGCCUCACACUUUCACAUUAACAGCAAGGAAAGGGGCACAGUGAUCCACCGCCCAUUAAUUAUGGGUAAGGAAUUCAUCAUCGCCACCAGAAGAAUGAAUUACAGAGACAAGGAAUAUCAAAUAAUAGAGGAACCGGAGGCUAGAUUUCCACUCUCUUGUUCUUGUUUAAAUAUACUUAAUUGACGGCUUAAUUUUUAAUGUAUUAAACAUUUGCUUGUUUAAUGUGAAGGUACCAUAUGGAAUUUUAUUUUGCCAGCAUGCAGAAAUGAUUUGCCAAAGACCUAAAGUUAAAACAAAAAAUGAAAUUUGUCAGUAAUGGCACCUUAAAAACGCUGGAGUAUCAGACACGAGCUCAGCAGACGAAGUGUCCUUACCCAGGUAACUUUGCUUAUGCGGCAUUGAACUGAAUAUCAAAGAGUAUUUUCUGCGGGUUUGGCUAGUUCAGUAAAAGCAUCCAUUCACUUUGCAAUUGUGACAAUAUCAUUUGGAAAGAAUGUGACGUUUCGAUAACAAUCAAUGCUGUGUGAGAGGAGCUCCAGGAUGGGCUGUUGAUGGGUUGAGUGGGAGAUUUUUUAUUUUUUUUUGGGGGGGGGGGGCACUUGUUAUUUUGGAUAUAUGUGCAAUUAUUGUGAAUGUUUUAUCUUUGAAAAUAGCAGUAUUUAACACAUGUAUGUACUUAAUAUUACAGUAUGCGAGUUUUCUAUUUGUUAUGCUUGUUUUUGGCACAUAAGUGACAAAGGUGGGCAGCGAGCGGUAAGACGUGCCCGGGGGGGGGGGCGGUGUUUGUGACCGGAAUGGGGUGGGGAGGGGAGGGGGAGCUCAGGGGCCUCUGUUUGUCCGCCGGCACUUUCCAUCGAUUUCCCAGACCUGGAGCAGGUGAGCAGACUGAAGAAACGCUCAUUAUCUCGGCGUUGCUGUUCGGUUUUUCUCUUUCACUUUUUCGUGAUGCAUCAUUCAGGUUAGUGCUGGCAUCAGGACCGCUAUGCACAGUCGCCCAAAUAACGCAUCAUAACCACUGGCCUGCCUGCUCCUCACAUCCAUCCACUCCCACUGCUCCCACUGGCUUCUCCCCAAACACCGCGGUUAACCGGCGAAUAAAAAAUCCCUUCCGACACGACCGCGGAUCGCCGAGCACGCACAUGCCGGGGACCAUACGUGAGGCCCGCGGCUCUGGUUCAAAUGACUGCAGGUCUCUGCUGUUUUGGUGAUGGACCAAGAAGCAGGAGCGGCCAGUUCGGGCACCAGACGCCAAGCUGCCUUGCAUUUCCAUCUAGCUAACAUGGGGAGGCACUACAGUACUAACAGUAUGGGUUGCACGAGUGCCAAGUCUGUUGUCACAGACAUGAGCUCAUGUAUGAGUUAAACUUUGCUGUUUGAAGCUUUACAUUUUGUGACAGUAACGCCCAUGCUGGGAGGGAAUGGGGCUCAGAUGAUAGAUUCAGGUAAUAAGGGAGUGAACAUUAGCACAAGAGAGGUGGGGGUGUCCCACGUGUUUGGGGAAAGAUACCUAUUUUGCACAACUAAUUCCCCCCCACUCACAAACAACAGACAGUGAAAAGAGGUUUUGGAAAAGCAAGUCAGUAUGACGUGUCACACUCCUGGGUGAUGAGGUCAGCAAUGGGUUUGCCGAAGCUCACUGGUUAUAGAGUUUAAUAGCCACUGAACAUGCAGAUCAGCCCAAAUGGCUUUCAAUAUAUGUGUAUAUCUCUUGGCGUAUAGCCAGUAAUUGUUGAUCAAGUUAAUCAUUAGUAAUAAAACAAUAAAUAUAUGUUUUUAUAUAA